AUGCCGAUUUUCACGUCGCCGUUUCCCACGACACACGACACUAUCGGAGCGUCGACUCUGGAUAGUCCUACUCACAGGCUCCCUUCGCCUGCUUCGGCUGCAGGAUCCCGCCAGGGCGCCGAAAGUGAUCACGAAGAAAAAACCACAAUCAACGAGAACGCCGCCGAUGGGGAGAUAAACAAAGGACUCUCCCGGGCCUCACCCGACGCACUUGCCGCAGAAGAUUUGGAUCAGAAAAUGGCGCACUACUCAAUAGACUGGGACAGAUUCCCUGGAGGAAGCCUUAAAAAUGGACACGAUGCGCCUGAAGAGGAGGAAGAACCAGAACCCGAAUUUGGCGGGCCAGAAGACUUGACGAUGAAUCUAGACAAGUAUCUUCUUGGCGAUUUCGAUUUGAAAGAAGAGCAAAAAAGACAUGACCAAAUAAAUGAUGCAAUUGAGGAGGACGAUGAUCUUCCAGAAUCUCCGUCUCCGUUCCCCCGUCAGCAUCACGAUGCCGAAGACAGUGAAUUCGACCCCCCGCUCGACAUGUCGACGCCAUCACAUCUAAUGUGGAAGAAGAAUUUCGGCACGAACAAAGAAGAAACACACCUAGAAGAUAUUCUAGAGAGCUUUCCCAGCUCACCUGAGAAGUCUGCCAGUCCAACCAAAAACAAUGACAAUGAAGAGGACAUGGGACGGAGCCGGACCUUUACGACUGUUUUACGGGAGAUUGAGGACUUACACGAACAACGAAGUGAGAGAGAUGAAAAGAUCCAAGUCUAUCAAGAGAAACUUGGAUCUGCAAACGACGAAAUUGACUAUCUGCGGGCCGAGUUGCAGAGAAAAGCGUCACAGUUAUCGGAUGCGAAUGUCAAAGUCGGCGAGGAAGCUGUUCUGCGGGAGCAGAUCCAAGUUUUGAAAAAUAAGAUUGACGAGAAAGUUUCCCCCGACGAAAGCCUCCACGAUCAAUUAACCCUACUACGCGAGCAAUUGGAAGACGCACAAGAGCAACUCAAGAAGAGAGACGAGGCCUUAGAGGACAGUGAACACCGCCUACGCGAAAACAAUACCGCUCAGGAACAACAGCUACGUGAAAAGGAUGCUGAAAUUGAAGACCUUAAAGCCCAGGCCAGUGAACGCGAGCUUGAGCUAGCCAAUCUGGACGAAGAACUGGCCGAGGCAAAACAGGAAUACGCCGUGCUAGAGCAACGAAUCGGCGCGAUAGAAACCCGGAACGUCCCAUUAGAGGAGAAGAACAUCUUGCUGGAAAAAGAAGUGAAUCGCGUCAAAUCCGAACUGGUUGCGCAGAGAAACUCUCUGUCGAUCAUGGCGACUGACCUUUUCAUCGAAACCGAUGGCAAGGCCUACAAUGAACUCAUCGAUUCCCUGAAGAAACAGUUCAAGACUAAGCAGUCAGCGAGUCAAGAUGCCUCUAUAGAAGCUACCGAGAACCUCCGAACUAAGCUGGCUGAAGCACAAGCUGAAGCAAACCAGAGUGCUGCAGCACGACAAGCUGCUGAGACGGAGUGGAAACAGUCACAAGAGACGCUCGCUGAAUCGCGUACUCUCAUCACUACAGUAGAAAGCGAAAAUACUCGUCUGACAACGCGUCUCCACGAACUCAAUUCCAACCUUUCAACCGUGCGCGAGGAACUACGUGCACUAAAAGAACAACCCAUCCAAACGGAACCUGCAGUCCAACCUAAAAGCCCACCUCGAGACUCCUCCGCCGCUCUUCUUGAUGCCAGUCGGCUCGAGAUCGAGAACCUUAAAGAAGCGCACGCCAAUGCCGUUGACAACCUUCGUACAUCCUACAACGAUUCCGCCUCGAGCCUGCGCGCCCUGCUUUCCGCUUCCGAGAAACGCGAAGCAGACCUGUAUUCGCAACUCAGCUCCCUGCGCACCACGGUGGCAACAACACAUGAGAACGAAGUCUUGGAUCUGAAAUCACAAAUAGAUGACUUACAGUCCACUCUCGCCCUCAAAGAAGAAACGUCUGCUGAGGUUGACCGCCGGAUUUCUCGGGCCAUUGACAAGCGUGAACGCGAGUGGGAACGCCGAAUCGAUAUCCUACUCAAGGAACGAGAAAAAAUGAGCAAAGCGUUGAUGGUGGCUUGGGGCGAGAAAGAAGUCGGGAAACCCAGCAGAAGCAGUAGUAGCACUAGUCACAAGGAGUCUUCCUCGGAGAAGCAGGCUGAAAGGGGGACGGAAAAACAGGGACAGGGGUACAGAUAUAAGUAUGUUGUGAGGUCAUAA